GCGGGCGGAGUCUGUCGGCCUGAACCCUCUCUUUCUUUCUUUCUGUCUGGCUGGCUGCUGUCCUGUCAUCGGCCUGGGUGUGGUCUUGCAGUCAAGGGGUACCGUUAGCAGGAAAUCAAGCUCGACCUAUUUCACUUUAAGGCGAAACAAAGAAGAAGAAAAAACACUCGCGCGCGCGUAAGGUUGAGAAGAGUUGUUUUUGUGGUCGAGCGGAAAGUAGCGUCGGUGUCCUCGCGACGGGGAAAACGUUCAACUGGCGCCGUGGUUCUGAUGGGAAAAAGUUUGCUGCUGGUUUCGCUAACCGGUCGUUUGAUUUAAUAACUUUUUAUUUUUUAAAAAUAGAACCUGAACCGGACGCAAAAGAACGGAAAGAUGCCGAAGACGAUUAGUGUCAGAGUCACCACAAUGGAUGCUGAACUGGAAUUUGCCAUUCAGCCAAACACAACAGGAAAGCAACUCUUUGACCAGGUUGUUAAGACCAUCGGGCUGCGAGAGGUUUGGUACUUUGGACUCCAAUACCAGGAUACCAAGGGCUUCUCUACAUGGCUCAAGCUCAACAAGAAGGUGACCGCACAGGAUGUGAGGAAGGAAAGCCCGCUGCUGUUUAAGUUCCGCGCCAAGUUUUUCCCUGAGGAUGUGACUGAGGAGUUAAUCCAGGACGCCACGCAGCGGCUGUUCUUCCUGCAGGUGAAGGAGGGAAUCUUAAACGACGACAUCUACUGCCCUCCAGAGACGGCUGUCCUCCUGGCCUCCUACGCAGUGCAGGCCAAGUAUGCUGACUACAACAAAGAAGUCCACACGCCGGGCUAUCUGGCCAGUGAACAGCUGCUGCCUCAGAGAGUUCUGGACCAGCACAAACUCAACAAGGACCAGUGGGAGGAAAGGAUUCAAGUGUGGCACGAAGAACACAAGAGCAUGAUGAGAGAGGAGUCCAUGAUGGAGUAUCUGAAGAUCGCUCAAGAUCUAGAGAUGUACGGAGUCAAUUACUUCAACAUCAAGAAUAAGAAAGGAACAGAACUGUUUCUGGGAGUGGACGCUUUGGGGCUCAACAUCUAUGAACAAAAUGACAAAAUGACCCCCAAAAUUGGAUUUCCUUGGAGUGAAAUAAGGAACAUUUCCUUUAAUGACAAGAAGUUUGUCAUCAAACCAAUUGACAAGAAAGCGCCUGACUUCGUAUUCUAUGCGCCAAGACUCCGCAUCAACAAGCGCAUUCUGGCUCUCUGCAUGGGCAACCAUGAGCUGUACAUGCGCCGCCGCAAGCCUGACACCAUCGAGGUGCAGCAGAUGAAGGCUCAGGCUCGGGAGGAGAAGAAUCACAAGAAGAUGGAGAAAGCUCUUCUGGAGAACGAGAAGAGGAGACGAGAGCUCGCCGAAAAGGAAAAGGAAAAGAUCGAAAAGGAAAAGGAGGAGUUAAUGGAGAGGUUAAAGCAGAUCGAGGAGCAGACGAAAAAAGCCCAACAAGAGCUGGAGGAGCAAACGCAGAGGUCUCUGGAGUUGGAGCUGGAGAGGAAGACGGCUCAGGAGGAGGCUGGACGUCUGGAGGCUGAUCUGAAGGGCGCUGAGGACGCCAAGGUGGCGCUGCUGCAGCAGUCAGAGAACCAGAUGAAGAACCAAGAACACCUGGCGACAGAGUUGGCUGAUCUGACUUCCAAGAUUUCCAUCCUGGAAGAUGCCAAGAAAAAGAAGGAAGAGGAGGCCGUGGAGUGGCAAGAGAAGGCCACCACGGUGCAGGAGGACCUGGAGAAGACCAAAGAGGAGCUCAGGAACAAGGUGAUGGUGGCUCCCGUCCAGGAGCCGCUCAACGCGGAGAACGAGCACGACGAGAACGACGAGAGCAGCGCCGAGGCCAGCGCCGAGUUCGGAGUCGCCAGCACGUACAAGGACCGCAGCGAAGAGGACCGCAUGACCGAGGCCGGGAAGAACGAGCGCUUGCAGAAACAUCUACUCGCUUUGAGCUCCGAGCUGGCCGUCGCUCGGGACGAGAGCAAGAAAACGGCGAACGACAUGAUCCACGCAGAGAACAUGAAGGCGGGACGAGACAAGUACAAGACCCUCCGACAGAUCCGGUCAGGAAACACCAAACAGCGCAUUGACGAGUUCGAGUGCAUGUGAAGUCUGCGCGACCCGACGCCAAAGCCCUCCCAGCUGGGCCGCUCUGCCUGGACUGCAGGCCUGCAUCACACAAGCUGUUUCCUCUGCACCCAAAUAAAUCGGAUCCACCACAUGGCAUGGUUGCACAAGCACAGCACAAUGUACACAUGGAUCUGGAAAACUCCAUUUGUUAUCAUUCCUAACUUUGUAUUUAGGCAAGUUACUGGGUGAAAAGGGACAAACUGUAUUUUAUUAGUUUCAUUCCUCACAAGGGGCUUAUGUAGCAUAUUAGCAAUGGGCUCGCGCCUCAUUUCAUGACGCAUCGAAGAAGCAUUUUUAAUUUCUUUAUAUAUUUCUGUCACGUUUUUGUAUCAUGAUUUCAAAAUAAAAGGCUUCGAGAGCGAUCCAAAUUUCAGAUUGAAAACUGUGCCUGCAGACACGUUGCUGCUGUUCACACGCAACGGUUCGUAAAUGUUUCUCCCACAAUGAUCUUAUAGUUUUAAAGCCCGAUGCACUGUAAUCCGGCGAUGAAGAGCAGUAUUAUGUUUUUGCAAAUAUCCUUUAAAUGUACUCACUGAUCAUUUGAGUAUAUUCUGAAUCUGCCUGCUGUUACAAAUCAUUCAGUAUUCAUGCCCCACUCAAGAGGUGAUAUUAAAGAUCAAUUUCAUUACAUUUUUUUUGUCUGAUUUUACAUUUCCGAACACCUUCAAGUCUGUUUUCAAUCCCGAGGCUUUCAGAGUAAAUGUUGCUGUCAUUCAGCAUUCAAUACAACAUUUGAAGUUGGUACUGUACCUUUAAGAGUUUUACCCUAGUUCUAUCCCUCUGCUUUUAUUUUUUAUUUCUGCAUAUGUGAGGAGCCUGUUGGAUAAUUCAAAUAAAUAUAUUUUUGCAUUGCUAUAACAAGUUCAGCAUAAGGAAUUACACUGUAGUUGUCACAUAAUCAUCUGUAAAGGCAAAAGUUGUAGUUUAAUCUUAAAUUCUCAUUAGUACAAUUUACUCACAGAUGAGAAGUUUCCUUCGACAAAAUCUCGAUAUCAUUUGAUGCAUAGAAUAAAAUAAUUUCAUUCAACAUGCACUGGAAAACCAUAGCGUACAUUUGCAAAUAGAGUCGAGACAGACUUAGAUGGGCAACGUCUCCAAUGCAUGCAUUUUUGAUAUACUGUAUGAACUUAAUUCCGUUUGUGUAUUUUGUAAUUUGGAUUUUUCAGAAGUGAUAGAACUAUGUAAGGUGGAAAAACAGACACCACUGAGGAUAUUUUUGUAUUAUACAAUCUCGGAGUACAAAGUAGCAGUUUUUGUUCAGAGCGAACAUCUUUUUGACAAACAGUAUUUUGGUGUUAACUAAUAGCUCAGUGUUGUGAUGGUAAGCUGAUGGAACAAGCAACACCCAGAGCCUGUGAUUGGACCAAUGAAAAGACGCGACAGGAGACGCUGUCCAAGGCAAAAUGCCCUGAAUGGAAAUUUAAAACCAGGCUAAAACAUUUUUGCAUGAAAAAGAACAAAACCUCCAUAUGUCAUUUGUUCCAUAUUCCACUUUGUGGUGCAGACAUGCGAAGGGUUUUGCUUGUUCUCAGAUAUUUAGACAUGAGUGUUAGAAAGAUUUAUUUACACUUUUAUCUAGAUUCAUCAUAAUGAAUGAACUUUUGUCAUUUGUACCUAGAUGCAUUUUGAUAUUCAGUAUUCUCGCCCAUCGCUGCGUAAAGUUCUUGUUCCAUGAAAUGUAAAAGUGCAGUCGUUGCUAUUUGGGAUACCUUUCCACGCCUUUGACAAUAACUUGUAUAAUGCGGCGCUCUAUGUUCUGCCUGAAGCACCAUGUAUUGACAAGCCUUCUUUUUGAGAUUGAAGUGUAAUUUGAACCCGAGUCAUCAUGUGUGAAAAAUAAAUGUAUUAAAAGAUGCUGCUCAAUAUUUUGUCUUGAAUCAAAAAAGGGCUGAGAUGUAAUAUUGUACAGUUACAGACAGUGCCUUGCCCAGGUUUUCCAUCAGAUCUCGCUGCUUCAAGUCUUCCUUUCAUCAAUGAAUAAAGUCAAAUUAAACUGA